CCUACCUUCCUUUUCCCUUUUCCAGUGCUCCUGAAAUUCCGCACAGAUAAAGGAAGAGACCCCAGUUCAGAUACCUAUGGGGAAGAUUCUGAGUUGCUGCUUCAGAUCCGAAACGAUGUGCUCGACUCCCUGGGUGUCAGCCCUGACCUGCUUCCCGAGGACUUUGUCAGGUACUGCUUCUCCGAGAUGGCCCCAGUGUGUGCGGUGGUUGGAGGAAUUUUGGCACAGGAAAUUGUCAAGGCCCUGUCUCAACGGGACCCCCCUCACAACAACUUCUUCUUCUUCGAUGGCAUGAAGGGCAGUGGGAUUGUGGAGUGCCUCGGCCCCAAGUGAACCGACAGCAUGGCCGCCCCGGGGCUGCGGGCCUGCAGCGUUCCCAGCUGUAAUCCCUGACCCUCCCCUGUGAAGGUGUCUCCAGACAAGGGUGGCGUGAAGUCACUGGCUACCACACAGCAUUGCCUGCGAGCAGAGAACUGAGCCACAGCAGUGCUCAGGCUAUUUGCCACUCAGGCCUGCUCGCUCCCCGAGUGAUAACCUCAGGACACCCUCUGCCUCUCUGUCCUGACACCGUUGCGGUGUCACCAGCCCCUUGGGGGUUGCUGGGGCAGCCUGCCAGGAGCCAGCAUGCCUUGUUGCCUAGGAGCCUCUGGCCACCCUCUUGGCCGGUUCCCCACCUGAUGUCAUGCUGGGGGGUGUGUGACUUAGGUGGGGAACAGGCCUCAGGCCCCAUGAAACCCCAGGGGAACCCCAGCUCCAGAUUCAGACAGGUGCCCCGGGAGAGGAAAAACAUGCCAGGCGGAAGGCAUUUCCUUCAGAGUCGGAGACCCUGACAAACAACAGGUGGCAUCUGGUGUGCUGCUGUUGAUUGGAGUCUAGGAUUAGUUGAGUUCCAGCCUGGAUUCUGGAAGCGAGAAAAUGUCACCAGGCCGGGGAUAUUAGGGCAAGACCUUGCAAAUUGAAUAUUAGUGGGAGAGCUUGUUUUUAAAAGGCAGAUUCCAGGGGCUUUGGGGCCAGAACAAAGGCGCCUGCGCUUUGGACAGGCCCCACCCGUCACUGAUGUGGCACAGACCACCCGGAGGCUGUCGCGUUGAGGCCCACGUCACUCCUGCGUUCACUCCCUGGAUUGCAGCUGUUUGUGUUUUUACGUAUUUUCUCCAUUUUCCUUGGUUCUUUUAAUAGGAAUGAUAAUAAAAAUAAUUUGCUUUAGAA